AUGUCGCUAUUAGAACUCCCUACUGAAUUAAUCCUGCUCAUUGCACUCUCCCUCCCUGAAAGCGCUCUCGCCCAUCUACUACAAGUUCAUCGCUCCCUUUACAAACGUCUCCUGCCGAAUCUUUACCAGCGCCAUCUACGAGACAGUAAACUUCAAGAAGGGCUCUUCUGGUGCACUGCCACGGGCAAUGAAGCUGCUGUCAAAAACUUCCUUCACUACGGGGCAGACGUGAACGCCUGCAUGGGAAUUUUCUCAAUUCGUCAUUCAAAAAUACCUUUCCAGCCGUGGUUCAAGGUGCAGGCACCCCUGAAUAUAGCAGCAAACACAGGAAACGACAAAUUAGUUGCCUUACUACUAAACCAUGGGGCGAAUGUUCACGGAUUCCCUUCACGUUACUGGGGCACAACCCAGCCGGCGGUAGUAGAUGCCCUGUUAUCCGGCCAUGAGAGCACGGUCCGGCUUUUAUUAUUGCAUGGGUCACCUAUCCAUGAGCCUGACAUGGAACAAAGUGGGCUGGUCCACUGCGCAAUAUAUAGGGGGCAAAUUUCUCUUCUCAAAUUGUUAGUUGAGUUCAAGGCAGAUCUCAAUAUUCCCUUGCAGGGAAGGUAUCCUUUGAACAGAGCUGUAUCAUCUCGCAAUCUCUCAACAGAGAUAGUUCAGCUCCUGCUGGAUAAUGGCGCAGAUAUAAGUUUAGCGAAUGGUCAUCCUGGCUUCCUGUUAGACCAAGCGAUUCAUGGCACAAUUGAUACUUUGCGUCUAUUGCUUGACCGUGGAGUAACCUAUCCACGAGAUGAAUUUGGGGAUUGGUUUGUGAGAUUGGUUAGCAACUGUACAGUCGAGACGGUGCAUCUGUUGCUCGAAUACGGUUAUGCGCCGAAUAUCGAGACGCUGUCGAGUGCGGUAAGGGCUCGGCGGGGAGAUAUUCUGCAGCUCUUCAUUGACAGCGGUGUGGAUCUAAAUAUGAGAGAUACGAGAGGGUUUACUCUUCUCCACACGGCCAUCUUUUGCUGUAUACCCAUAAGUCCGCCAACUGGAAUCUGUGGCAGGGGGGUGACAUGUCGCAAGCCCGGUAGGGAGAAUCUGGUGCGUAAAAUAGAACCUGUUCCGCAGCGGGUCUCACCUACGUGUAUGAGUGACAAGGUUGAAAAAGACUCCCCGGAGGAAAUCGUGCGCUGCCUGAUCCGCGAGGGUGCAGACCUCAACGCCCUAGACGCGCGGGGGCGCACCCCGCUGGAUCUCGCCAGAGAAUGCCCUCCGGCGAUACAGCAGAUUCUUAUCGAUGGUGGAGGUAAACAGGGAAAGAUGGCAUGA